AGAGAAAACGCGUGCAAAGAAAAGAAAGAAAACGCCCGCACGCCUCGCACACACGGCCCCAGCCGUCCCUCAAUUCCCUUCUCCUCCUUGCCCUCGUUUUCUCCUCUCUGGCUAGGGUUAUCGCCGCCGCCUUCGGCACCAUCCCAGCUCGCAGCCUCGGUCGAUUUGCUCUGCGUCUCCAACCGUCCAAAGAUCCCAACCCUAUCAUCGUCUCCUACCACGAGCUCGGCGACAAGAUCGAGGCAAGUUCGGCUCCGUUCGGAUCUAUGCCGUUCAAGAGGUUCGUGCUGAUCGGGCGGGUGGCCCUGGUGAACUACGGCAAGGACUACAGCCGCCUUGUCGUCAUCGUCGACGUUGUUGACCAGAACAGAGUGAGUUUGAUCCCCUUCCCUGCUUCCUCCUGUCAUUCUCGAUCUGCUGCGGCGGAGGAGCCUUUAUGGACGUAGUGAUUGAGAUCGUGCUCAUGUUUAGUUUAGAAUUUUCUUCUCUGCGUGUCCCUCCCUUGGCUGUAGAUUUGAGCUGUUCAAGGUGUGGACUUCUGUAUAGUUCCAUGUAGAAUUGUAACUGCACGGAUAUCAUAUUGUUGAUGCGAAUUUUUGAUAGUUUUCGUUAGCUUUUACUGUAACUCGGUAACUUUGUUUUGCUUUGUUGCUAAUAACUUGGUUGUGAUUCGCCUCCUAAAGUCCCUUAACUUCGAUUGCAUAUAUAACUAGCCUUUACAACUUGUACGAAUUUGGAAGUGAUUGUUGAUUUUACAUGCCAUUUGAAGUUUACACUUGCCAAGUAAUAUUGCAUACUCUUGUCAGCGCAGUUAUUCUGCCAGAACUUGUUUAAUUUUUGUAUUGACUCAUCUCUAACAUGUGGCCCUUUAUCCACCCUGGCAAUGUUUUUAUUUGUAUAUGUUUAGCUCACCUGAUCAGCCCCUAAUGUGCCUUGCGGCCUUGCCUAAAUGUUUGAGUGACUACUGAAAAUAAACAGCCAGAGUGCUAUUGCUCAAAUAUAUGCGAUGUGUUUUGCCAUUUGAUAUUUAUUACUGUUUCCUUGUGAAAUAAAGAACUCCAGUAUUCAUUUCAUCUUCCAUGAGUUGUGAUGACUUCAUCUCUUUAUGCUUCUCAUGAUACCUGCAUUGCUCUGUUAUACACUUAUACCACUGCUUCUUGGUAUAUCCCCAAGAACGUCGAGGACACGGUCCACCGCGAGGUCGAGAUCAUGCAACACCUCUCGGGCCACCCUGCCGUCGUCACGCUGAAGGCCGUCUGCAGCGGCUGCAAAUCGAAGUAGCUGAAAGGGAGAAGGCGAUUGGGAGUCAGGGACUACAUAUCUCUCCUCUCCUUUAUUUUCUGUCCAAAAUAUAAGGAAGACGUAUGGGUUCUCGUCAAAUGCAAGCUGUAGUACUGUGAAAAAGUGUACUAAUUUUUUGCAGUGCAUUAACUUGAUCAUGGGAUUCUCCGUGAUGGCAGCAAAGAGACAACAUGGGGUGGAGAUGCAGGUCGUCAGUACACUGAAGGCGUUGCGUUCUGUCGGGGUGUUGGGUUCGAUGCAGAGCAUCGGAGACGUUGUCGUUAUCUCUGCAACUGCAACUCAAUGUUUUGAAUGGAGUCAGUUGGGGUCGUCUAUAAAUUUGCUUGUGUUGUGCUUGCAAACCAAGACUUUGUUGAGGCUUUUCUGCGGGGUCAGGGGAGACGCCAGUGAUCAAGCGGCAGCGGCCUACAGCCUGGGAGACCUGCACAAGGGAGCCGCCAAGAUCUCCAACGACAUCCUCGACUAUGUCGGGGUUUCAGUAUAUGCAACAACAAAAAAUUCGACAACAAUAUACGCGACAAAUGGUGCUAUUUGCGUUCGCUGCAAUCUCCUCAUACUUACCAGGGUUGAGUGCCCAACAUUCCCGAAGAUGGCACCCAAGACAUGUCCGCAGCCAGAACCAGCGAAGUUGCCGUACAAGAAGCUGGGAGAUUCAGAUCUCCUUAUUAGCGAGACAACUCUUGGAAUAAUGAUCUUUGGAGAGCAAAGCACAGAGAAGGAAUCCCAUGAUAUGCUCUCUUAUUCUUUUAAUCAGGUCAUCAACAUACUGCACACCGCAGAAAUUGCCGCCAAGAAGGAGACUCAAGGGAGGACUGAUCUGUAUGUAGGCAGGUGGAUGAAAUCCAAGCCACGAGAUAAAGCACAAUAUAUCGGUGUUUCCAAUGAAACCCCGUACGGAGUAAUGCAGUUUGUACAUGCUGAAAAGCUUGAUGGACUUCCAAAGAUUAUGAGCAUCUAGAAUGGUUAUAGUCAACUUGUGAGAUGCAGCUUCGAAGGUGAAACAGAGAUGCCAGCCAUAAUUUAUUCAUUUUCAUUCACUGGAACUCCAUGCCAUCCCUGUUGUUCUGAAACUUAUUUGCAGACAUGUAAUUUAGAGAAAGAGGGAGGAAAGAACUCCUCGGUUGUAGUUCAGAUCAUCGGCCUGCUGUGAUCUCUUUCAUAAUUAAAUUUUUAGUCGAAUAGUCUUGGCUUCUUAUUAGGUCUUUGGAGUUAUGUUCAGUGAUUAUCAUUCAUCAUCAUCAUGCGAUGAUUUCAUUUUGUGGAUGCUUGAGUUUAGAAAAUUUAGGCUCUGCAGUCCAUCAUCUCUAUAGGUAUAAGUCUUUGUAGGAUGUAAGACUACUACUCUAUGUUCAUAUAAGCCUACCUAUUAAUAAUAUUUCCGAUUUAUUUUA